AUGGUGCAAUUGGAUCGGUUCGAAAUUGUGUUCAACAAUCCGGAAGAGGCGUAUUUCGCCGGCCAGGAGAUUUCCGGAAAAGUGAUAAUCGAGAAUAAGGAGCCGAAAAAGGUGAACGAGAUUCUGCUGGAACUGAAAGGACGCGCAAGGACCUACUGGACGAAGCAUUCGGGUGAGUGGAGGUGGUGGAAGAGGAAAAGCUAGGCCACGGGUUUGUUCAGGCAAAUCACGGAAGCAUUGUUCCCACUCGGAACCCUACUUUCUCGAGCAAUUCAACACGGGCUACACACACAAAUUCACCGUUGUGAAGGACGGAAAAGAGAAGGAACGCCUUCUGCCCGCCGGAAUUCAUCAGGUUUGUCUUUUCUUUUUUUGAGUGUAGCUCACUUGUCUUGAAAGCUAUUAAAAAGUGGUCAACUGCAAAAAUGUACAAAAUUUUGUGGUGAACAUUUUUGUAGUUGAAAACUGUUUGAUAUCUCCACCGACAACCGAAAUAUAUCGCUCUGAUAUUGUAGGUCCCCUUCUCUUACACCCUUCCCAAGUCGCUUCCCUCUUCGUUCGAAGGAGAGUUCGGACACAUUCGGUACACGUGCAAAGCCAUUUGUGAAAGGCCCUGGGACUUUGAUAUUGUCAGUCGGAAGGCGUUCACCGUCAUUGGAAUCGAGGAUAUCAAUUCGGAUGCGAAGGUGAGCUACCGUACCCAAUACCGUCUAUUCAAAACGAUGUAUUUCAGCUGCUGGUGGAGAUAUCAAAAAGUUAUCAACUAAUAAAAUGUUCAUUAAAACAUUGCGCACAUUUUAUCAGUUGACCACUUUUUGAUAUCUCCACCCGCAGCUGAGAUACAUCGUUUAUAAAAAACAUUUCACCAAACUUUUGCAGCUAAACGAGCCCAUUUCCUGUAUCGAAUCGAACCACGCCGUCACUUUUUGUUGCCGUUCGGCGGGCAGUGUGACCGGCGAAAUUCGAGUACCCAAAUGUGGAUACACCCCCGGAGAGAAGAUUGAUGUUAGCUACAAGUACGUUUACAUUUUGUUGCGUUAAACGUGCGUGUUGCCGGAAAAUGGCCAUUUUCAGAGUGAUAAACCUGAGCUCAAAAACGCGUCAAAUCUACUUGCGCUUCGUGCAAAUGACCACCUACAAAGCGAAAACGUUCGCCGGCCACGAGCACAUUAAAAACGUGGUUCGCGUGAUUUCGAAGAUUGACAGAGGCGAAGUGGCCGGCGGAUCGUCGACGGAAUGGCAAGAGGAAGCCGUCACGAUCCCCUCGUUGCCGCCGAAACUCGGAAAGUGCAAGAUUCUCUCGGUUUCCUACUCGAUCGAGUUGGAGGUGAGCGAGUUGAGGGAAAUGCGUCAAAAAACACAAAGUUGUUCGGAUUGUUAUGGGGUUAUUCAGGCUGUGAAAAAAAUUAUUAUUUUUCCGUUUUUUUUUCGUUUUUUUUACGUCAAAAAACCCACGAAAAAAACGGAAAACAAACAUACGCUGAAUAGCCCCAUUAGAAUUUGUAACAACUUUGUAGUUGACGUCCACGGCGACCAAAAACGUAGAAAGGGGCGUGGCCUAGCGUGCACGGUUUUGUCACCAUUUUGGCGCGAAAUUCGAAAUUUAACCCCAUUUUUUUUCAUGUUUUUCGUCAAAAAUUACCCAAAUUUUGUGCGAUUUCGACGAUGUAAUUGCAUAAAUUUGUUAAACUAAUCAUCGCGCGCACUUUUUGAGCUUAAAACGAGCAGGUUUCAUUCAGAAAUGAAUCAAUUGAUGCGAUUUUCAAGUUUUGUGCUGAAAAUGCGCGAAUUUCAGUCAGUCGCCGAUACUUUUUGCCGUUUGAACGCUUAAAAUACUUGUAUUAACGUGCUUAAUCACUUCCGACACUCACUUCGUCUCAAAACUAUCCACAUCGGCCGGUAUGAAAAUUCCGAAAUUGCGGCGGCGAUUGGCCGCGGAGAGCGUAUUGCGAAAUAUGCCAAAAACGUCGCAAACGCGGCGUUUUCACGAAAAUUUCGAUGUUUUCUCUCUUUAAUGUCUCUUCUUUCGUCGAUAUCAAACACAAAAAUAUCGGAAAAGUGCUGGAAUUUUCAGAAAACGCGUCUCAGAUUAGGCCACGCCCCUUUCUACACGUGUAUUGACCAUUUUUUGAGACAAAGCGAUAGUUAUCGAAAUACAGGUUGGGCAACUUGUCUCGUGUUUCAGGUCGAGCAAACGUUAACCGUGCCGUGCGCGAUCGUGAUCGGCUCGAUUCCGCAGCUCGCCCAACUGCUCGUCCACUCGAAACAAUCGGUGCAAAGUGCCGGAAAUGGGUCGCUUCCGAAGAGUUCGAUCAAGGACAGCCCGCCGAAAUGGGACAGCGAGAGUUGUGUUCAGGUGGGGGGCAACUAACUGAGACUAGCUGCUGUUCCAUUGCACACUUCAAUAUCGUUCAUUCAAACUCAUGUAUCUCGACUGUCUCUAGAGAUAUUGAAAAGUUGUCAACUGAUGAAAUGUACAUAGUUUCUCGGCAAACAAUUCAUUAGUUGACAACUUUUUGACUUCUUUACCGACAGCUGAGAUAUCUUGCUCUGAAUAAACUCUAUUGAAUUGUAGCUCUUUGAAUUCUGAGUCAAAUCUAGAUCUCUCUAACAUUAGCACACUUUCAAUUGCAGGUGACAAUAACCGACGAGAGUGGUCAACUGGUCGAAGAGCUCGGAAACGAGAUGGAAGCCCUGUUGUCGUCGCGAAAACGCGUCCGGAUGCCGUCGUCGAUCCUCAGCGAACUGUAUCCGACGAUGCCGAGUCCCUACUACAAGUACGCGCCCGUUGUUUUCAAAUCGCACAAUAUCCGAAACUCGUUGCAGAGAAUCCUUCUUCGGCGCCAGUGACAUAUCAGAGGAAAAGGAGCAGGCACAGUUCGGAGAGACCUCUUUCGCACCCAAAUAUCCGUUUUAUACCGACUAA